AUGGAUUUCUCACAGCUAAACUCUGCUGAACAGGCCCAUAUGACCAAAAUUAUAGAAAAAAAACAGAUGCAAGACUUCCUACGUCUAUACUCAGGUCUCGUGGAAAGAUGCUUCAACUCGUGCUGUAAUGACUUCACGAGCAAAGCAUUGUCUUCGAAAGAAGAUCAAUGCGUCAUGAACUGCGCAGACAAAUUUCUGAAGCACUCCGAGCGGGUGGGGCAGCGGUUUGCUGAGUUGAAUGCAGACGCCAUGGGUCCCAAGCCAUGA